AUGAGUUUGAUCUUACUAAGAAAGCGGGAUGAGGUUGCGAAAGGAAAAUACCUUUUGAACAAAUACAGCGAGCUCGAGGGUGAAAUUCUCACCGUGGAAAUCCCUCUGUCCCAAUUGAUUGUGGAAGUGGGAAAUGCCAAAGUCCCGCACCUCGGUCUUUGUUUGGCCGGAAAUCGUGAUUUGAAUCAGAUGAGCGUGUUUGUUUGUGGUAUUCGACCUGGCAGUCUGGUUGAACGUGAUGGACGAAUAGAACUCGGUGAUCAGUUGCUUGAGGUCAAUGAUCAUACCCUGUAUGGAUUGAGUCAUUUGAAUGCUGCCCCAAUCAUUCGAUCCGUCUAUUUGGAAGCGGUGCAAGGGAGUAAUCGAAUAUUCAGACGGACCAAACUUGGAUCGAUACGUUUCGUCAUCCAACGAUGCUCGGGAAAUCUUUUGGCCAUGGCAGCCACCGCAGGUCAUCUGGGUGAAGUAACCCACUCAGCCAAAUCCAGUCGGAGAAGUAGUACAGAAACGGUACUGAGUAUUUUGUCUACACCACAGAAAUCGGGCUAUGACAAUUCAAAAGCCAAAAGGUCCUUGGAAUUUAUGGAACUGGCGUUUGGUGAGAAACGAGGUCCAUUAUUGGAACAUACUGUUUUCAUAACGCUGACGAGAGGUUCCUCUGGUUUCGGUUUUGCCAUUAUGGAGGGCAGUCCGACAAACGAGGAAGGUAUUUUCGUCAAACAGGUUAUUCCAAACGGACCGGCAGCCUUGGAUGGUCAAUUAUGCCCUGGGGACCGGUUAAUCCGAGUCAACAAGCGUGAUGCUACACACGCGUCCUACGAGUCUGUUCUCGAGUGGAUACGUUCGGCGAAGCAUGAGCUUCGGCUACAAGUUCAACGCUGGUGUUUUCGACCUCAGCUAGAGAAGCACGACUUGAAUUCUUUGAGGAACAAGAAUCAGAAACGUUUCUCCGCGCCCCAACUGCUUGGGUCAUUGGCCGCGGCAAUUCGUGGUUCCGGGGAUGCACCGACCCGACGACCGCGUUCCUCACACGAUCAACGUGAUUCCCUUGGUUCAGGAAGGAUGGCUCUUGAACCAGUUCUGGAAAAUGAUGGCCCCAGGAUAACACGCCUAAAUCCGAACAACCUAUCCUCGCAAAUAAGACGCGCCAGCUCACCAAAUCUCCAAUCUUGGCAUACUAACUCCAACGAACCUCCUUCCCUUGCACACCUCUCGGUGGAUAUCGGCGGAGCACUUGCUGCCGCGUCCAAGAGAAGCAGUGUUACAACCGUGAAAAGCCUCACGAUUGCAGUGCAAGAACCGCGUCCUCCGCCACAGCCGGCGGAACCGGCCGCAACCAGACCAAUCCUACCCGGUGCAGACACAGUGAUUGAACUCGAGGUAGAACCGGGUCACGCCUUGGGAAUCGGAUUUAUCGGUGGCGCUGAGACAGCCCUGCCCUACGAUGAAAUAGUCACUCGCCCAUUCCGAAAACAUUCCCACUAUUGUCUAUUCAACAAAGAGGAAGUCGGAAAUGUUCUGGUUGUGCACGAACUGUAUGCCAAAGGUUUGGCAGUCAAAGACGCUCGUCUACGUCCCGGAGAUCAAAUUCUUCGCGUAAACGGUACACCACUGGUUGGUCUUCCGUUUAUCGAGGCAGUCAAUCGAAUCUAUUCCGCUCACAACGAGGUACUCUUGAAACCCAUAUCAAGUCCGGACGAGGGCAAUACUUCAGACGGCACGGAGAAUAUGGAAAUAGCCAACGGACUGAAGCACGUUCUCACGCUGGAAGUGAGACGACCACAAAUAGAUCAGUCCAAAUGGUACGACCAAGAGAUUACAGUGGAAUUGGCGAAAAAGUCUGGAAAAGGAUUGGGAAUUGGUAUUGCCGAUCGGUGCGUGUAUUCGCAUCAUACAAGCGUGCCCCAGAAGGAGAAUGGUCAGAUGAUUUCGGAUCACGGCCCAAACAGCCACCCAGAUGGUGCUAAUAAUCCAUCCUAUGGGGUUAUAAUUACGGAUAUCGUGAGUUCCAGUGUUAUCUUCAAUUUCAUAUUUUAA